GAGGCGGAGGCGAGCCGGGCCCUCAGAGGUUGCGGGUGCGCCGCCUUCCGGACGCUGAGCUCUAGCUCUCUCGGGUUAGCGCCAGGCCGCCCGCCCCACCGCUGAUUACCGACUGCCGGGAAAUCGACGCACGAGGGCUGCGCGCCAGGCUGGCUGACCCCGACUCUCGGGUCCUCGGGAGCGCGCGCGCCUCGACGCCGCUGCGGACAAUGCUGCUGCUCCUGCAGCUGUUGGGUCUAGUGCCGGAGCGCGCGGCAGAGAGUCCCUGGGGGCUGCCUUUGGUGGCCGAUGGCCCAGCUUCCUUAGCGAAGGUGGUGAUGGCAGAACUAGCCAACCUGAAGUUAGGAAACAAACCAUGGCCUGGAGGGACGCACUCUCUCCACUACCACUACCUGGCCGUGUCAGAGCCAGGCCCGGGCCUUCCCCAGUUUCUGGCCGUAGGCUACGUGGACGACCAGCCCUUCAUCCAUUACGACAGUUGUGUGGACAGGGCCAAGCCCCAGGCCCCAUGGAUGGCAACCGUGGACGCCCAGUACUGGGAGACAGAGACCCAGAAGCAGAGGACCUGGGCAAAGGUGCAGCAGGUGGAGACGUGGACCGUGAUGGGCUACCACAACCGCAGCAGUGCUCUCAGGGAUCCGACUCCACAGCCCAUGCAAACGGCAGCCUUCUCGCCCGCGUGCACAGGCAUGCACAGCACUCAGCGGAUGUUCGGCUGUGAGAUCCGGGAGGACGGCCGUACCAGCAGCUUCUGGCAGUUUGGCUUUGAUGGGCAGGACCACGUGUCACUGGACCUGGAGACUCUGAGCUGGGUGUCAGCCAAACCUGCGGCCGUACGGACCAAGCGCUGGUGGGAGACAGAGCGCUGCUAUGCUGAGUAUGACAAGGCCUACCUGGAAGGCCUCUGCCUCAUUUCCCUGCACAGGUACCUGGAGCUGGGAGGCUGGAGCCUCACUCGGAAAGAGCCGCCCACAGUGCAGGUGACAAGACACACAGCCCAGGAUGGAGGCAUCACCCUGAAAUGUUGGGCCCGGGGCUUCUACCCACGGGAUAUCUCAUUGAGCUGGUGGCUGGGUGAGGAGGAGCUGGUUCUAGAGACUGAGUACGUGGAGACACGCCCCAGUGGAGAUGGCACCUACCAGACAUGGGCGGCCGUGCGGGUGCCGGCCAGGAAGGAGGACUGGUACACUUGCCACGUGCAGCACUCUGGCCUGAACCAUACGCUCACUGUGGCCUGGGAAGCACCCUCUCGUCAGUGGAAAACCAGUGCUGUGGUUGUCUCCACUAUCUUCACCAUCACUUUCUUGCUGAUGGCUGGAGUGCGGAUCUUCAUCAAGCAGUACUCUCAAGCCAGGAAUAAGGAAUCUUGCAAACAAGCCCCAGGUGGAGAGGACCCUCAGAAUUCCCAAAGCCCAGCGACAGUGGAGGCCACUCAGCUGUUCUGCUGACACAAGUCCAUGGUCACAGAUCAAGCCACCUGAUGUGCAAGGGGAGGGGACUUGAGAGCCACAGCGGUGGGACCACACCACCAUCAUGAAGGACACAUGGCUGGGCCCCUCGCAGGCACCUUUCACCUCUCUGGAGGACCCCAAGGUCUGACAGAGCCUCUGCUGAGACUUCUGAUACCUCCAUGUCUGCAGCCCUGGGAGGCCCCAAGCCCAAGGAUGUGAAAGAUUUCUGAUACUAGGAUUCACCUGCCCUGGUGUCCUGAAAGGCCUCAGCAGGGAGCUCCGAACUCUCUGAAUGUACCAAAAAUGUGUCUUAAACGUCUGUCUGCCUGUCCUCAUGAUGCCAUCAUGACCCGUGUGCCCAAAGCAGGGUUCUGAGCACUUUACAGGUACUAAGCUGUUCAGUCCUCGUGGCACGCCUGGGCGGGAAAAUUAACAAUCCUGUGCUACAGGAGAGGAAAUGGAAGCCCAAGGUCCCACGGCUAGUUCACGCCGGAGCCAGGACGGGAGGCCAGCAAGUCUGGCUACAGUCUGGGCACCUCACCAUCGCACUGCUACUGUGCCAUUCUGGAAAUGGGCAUGUCAGUCCAGGUCUGCAGUCCUUUUUUUUUUUUUUUUUUUAAGAUUUUAUUUA